UCUGUGGCUGUCGCCGUUGCGGGCCCUGCGCCACGCCCACGAGGAAGAGCUCACGGCGCUCGGCGGCGCCGGCGGCGACAAGACGGCGGCAACGACGCGCCUCGCCGAGCUCAACGUCGAGGCCGGCAUCCGCGUGCUGAUGGCCAACCCGGUGAUCCAGGACGCCGUCGCCGAGCGCGGCCUCCAGGUUCACGGCACCCUGUUCGACAUCGCGAGCGGCCGCAUCCGUGACCUCGGCCUCGGCACGAACAAGGGCAAAGGCCUUCGCAGCGGCCACAGCGUGGGCAGCGAUGGCGAGGUCGUAAGAGGGCGGUACGCGACCCUAGUCUUCCAGACGGACGGGGCGGCGGGCAUGCAGGUCUGCUAGGCCAGCUGCCUCAUCCUCUAAAAGAUUGGAUUGAUUUCUCGUUUUUUUUUUCCGGUUGGGUCGUCUCAUCUCUGAUCACCUCUUUUUUUGCUUCUUCCGGCGCGCGAGCGGCGUGUGGUCCUCAUUCUUCUUGUUUUGUGAAAAGCAAAAGACAAAAGCAGCGGGGUUGAAGGUGUUCCUGGUUUUCGGAGUCGCGUCUGAACCUGGCGAUACUGCCUACGAGCAAAUUGGCGAUCAUCUAUCGGUACUCACGGCACGAUUCACGAUGGAAGUAGGGAGCGGGCGGACGAGCGAGCGGAAUUUGCUUGGCGGGAUCGGCUCUGGAUUAUAUACCUAAUCGAUGGUCCUUUUAUCUUUUUUUCUUUCUUUCCCGGGCGGCGUUGAUAGAGUCGAGUGCGGAACGGACGGGUCGGGUGGAACGGGACGGAGGGAGAGGAAUCCGAACGGAAUUCCGCCUGGUGACUGGGGAAGUCUACCUCCGAAGGGUGAGGCUCACGGGUACUCACUAUGGGAUCGGCUAAGUCAGCUGGUCGGGGUCGGUCGGGCCGGCGAUGCCUACCCACGGUAUGAGAAUAGGGCAGCUGGCUGUGGCUCGUAUAUAUACGUGUGUAUAUAUAAUACGCGUUGAGCACCGGAGAGGUGGUUGGCUGAACGGGCGAUUAAGCUGGAUUGGUAUAUAUCUAUAUAUACUCACACGCCGCCUUCUGCAAAGAGGCUGCGUACCGAAUAAAAGUACAGGGAAUGCCUGCAGAGAAGAACCACGGGGCCGAGCUGUGUAGUAUGGGUGCUGUAGUAUGUGGUUGUGAUAUGUGGUCGUGGAAUAUUCAUGUUGUUGAAAAAGGAUAGUUUCUCGUCGGACCCUCGGAGCUAAUACGGGCUUACAGUGCCCCUCCUCCCUCUGUUACCUAGGCCAGGUAAGCUCCUCUCUUACUACCUAGACACCCAAGGUGGUAUCCUAGGUACCUCUUCUAGUCCUGUGGGCGAGCCCUAACCGCCGUGUAGAGAUGCUUGCAUUAUAUCGACUCGGGCACGUUCGAAUCUCUCAGGUGGUUUAAACACGCUGUAACCUGCCUGAUCGUGUCGGCAUCCUGGAAUAUCUCUCCCCGCGGAGUCGUACUGAGAGGACAACUGGUUUACUCUCCUCUGGAGCCUUACGUCAUCUCCGCCGUGGCGGGGUAGCUGUGGACCAGGUCACCCUUGAGGUACCUACACUCCAGGCGGUGGCCCCCCUAACAGCCUGGGCGAUGUAGGUACAACCGCUCCGUAGCCUUGGGGCCCUCGGGCGACGCCUUGAGGGAAAUAAGUAGGCUGGGCACCUACAAAUAGGAGGCACAGGUAG